GGUUGCUUUCUCCACAUAUCUUGUCUCAUAAUUAUUUCGUCCUUUUCUUUGGUCCAGUAGUAUCCGGGAUGGAAAACAGACGCUGAAGAUGCCAGCUCAGUUCCCCAUCAUCCCGCGUCAGAUGCACGUGACCAUCCCCUCAUCUCACCUCCACCUUCAAGAUACGCACCUCAGCCUACAUCUCUGUUUAUACACCGAUAUCCCUGCCUCCUCUAGUUCGUAUCUCACCACAGCACUAGCCCGAUCAGCUGUUCAUAGGCGCUAACCGAAAAGGCUGUGAAUAGUCAGCCUCGGAUCGUAAGUGGCUCAUACGUCAAUUUACCAGUUCUUGCUCGUGGGUGGUCCGUGACAGCGUGCUUGCUAUCAGUCACAUCAACUGUAGCUGUCUAUACCUCCAUUCACACAAAAAGUCAUUUACUUCAAGUUCAUCGUUGAAGUGGUCAUCCUGGCCCGCUGCG